AUGUUGAACGAUCCAUUAAUCAUUGCUUCAACGAGCCAGGGAUCAGAGGCUCAUGAAGAAGAAGAUGAACACAUAAGAGAAAUCCACGCCUUAACCCCACCUCGCCCUCCCCCUCCACGUGGCAGACCCUGGGACACCCUUCACACUCACAGGUCAAGCUCUCUCUCCGUCGCCAGCACCGACGGUGGCACCUCCUCCUCCGACAACUUCACCACCAUGAGCAGAGAGUUCAGCGCCUUGGUUCUCGCGGGCUCCACCAUCGACCCCGACAACAACCACAGCAUCACUCCCAUCAAUGAAAACAACGUGAACAACAACCUGGGGAGGAUCAGAGAAGAGGAGUUGAUGGAAGAGACGAACCCUUUGGCGAUCGUGCCGGAUAACCACCCUCUGGACCCGGUUCCCUCGUCGUCUGUAAUGGGUGCUAGUGGUGGUGCGCGUGAAGAGCACGUGUCUGUGCAGAGGGUGAAGAAGGAGGAGGUGGAUGCGAAGAUAUCAGCGUGGCAGAACGCGAAGGUUGCGAAGAUUAACAACAGGUUCAAGAGAGAAGACGCUGUCAUCAAUGGGUGGGAGAGCGAGCAGGUACAGAAAGCUUCCUCGUGGAUGAAGAAAGUUGAGAGGAAGCUGGAGGAGAAAAGGGCAAGAGCAAUGGAGAAAAUGCAAAACGACAUAGCAAAAGCUCAUAGAAAAGCAGAGGAGAGAAGGGCAUCAGCAGAGGCAAAAAGAGGAACCAAAGUGGCUAGGGUUUUGGAGAUUGCUAGUCUCAUGAGAGCAGUUGGAAGACCUCCUGCCAAAAAAUCCUUCUUCUAA